AAACAAGCAGUAGCGACACAGACGGUCACAUUUGAGAGCUUCACCACGAAACUUGGUCAGAGCCUUGUCUACAUCAGUGAAGAACAUCUUCCUCUUAAGCAGCAGGAGUGGAACUCCAGGAUGGAGCAGGAGGAACCACAGCCUCCCCACAUUAAAGACGAAAAGGAGGAGUCACAGCCCCCCCACAUUAAAAAGGAAGAGGAGGCACCCCAGCCUCCUCACAUUAAAGAAGAACAGGAGGAGCCACAACUUCCUAACAUUAAAGAGGAAGGGGACGAUCACAGCAUCAGUCAGGAGGGAGAGCAUCUUGAAGGACUGGAGGAGUUCCCAGAGAUUGGUGGCCCUGUGAAGAGUGAAGAUGAUGAAGGCAAAGGUCAAAGUGAUGAGAAGAGCGAGGUGGAGCCUGCAAGCAGCAGCUCAACUCAUCACAUGACAACAGAAGCUGAUGGAGACCACUGUGGAGGAUCACAAGACAACCUCUUAGCUCCACUAUCAGAUAGUGACGACCAAACGUCAAACUCUCCUGACACUGAUGAUGAAGACUCUGAAGCUGAUAUGACAUGUCACACUGACAACACACGCUGGAAAUGCUCUCAAUGUGACAAAACUUUUGUUUACAAGAGAAAUCUGAAAGUGCACAUGAGACAUCACACAGGAAAGAAACCUUUUAACUGCUCAAUUUGUGGUAAAAGAUUCUCUCAGCAGUCAAAUUUGAAAGUGCAUACAAGAAUACACACUGGAGAGAAACCUUUUCCUUGCAUGACGUGUGGCAAAAGGUUCUCUCGGCGGUCGUGUUUGAAAGAACAUGCAAGAAUACACACUGGCGAUAAACCUUUUCGUUGCACGGUGUGUGGUAAAAGAUUCUGCCAAAAAAGUGUUUUAAAAACACACUUAAGAAUACACACUGGAAAGAAACCUUUUCCUUGCACGGUGUGUGGUAAAAGAUUCUCUAGAAAAGAUGUGUUAAAAAGACACACAAGAAUACACACUGGAGAGAAACCUUUUUCCUGCUCAGUUUGUGGUAAAGAAUUCAUUGAGAAGUCACAUUUGAGAAAACACAAAUACACACACACUGAAGAGAAACCUUUGUUUUGCACGAUAUGUGGUCAAGGAUUCUCUAAAAAACCUCAUUUAAAAAGACACUUAAGCGUACACACUAGAGAGAAACCCUUUCCUUGCACAAUAUGUGGUAAAGGAUUCAAUCAUAAAGGUAACUUAAAAACACACACAAGAAUACACAUGGGAGAAAUAUAUUUUUCCUGCUCCGUUUGCAGUAAAGAAUUCAAUCAUAAAGGUAAUUUAAAAACACACUCAAGAAUACACACUGGAGAGAGACCGUUUCUUUGCAUGGUGUGUGGUAAAGGUUUCUCUCAAAAAAGUGUUUUAAAAAGACACACGAGAAUACACACUGGAGAGAAACCUUUUUCCUGCUCAGUUUGUGGUAAAGAAUUCAUUGAGAAGUCACAUUUGAGAAAACACACAACAAUACACGCUGGAGAGAAAUGUUUUUCCUCCGCAGUUUGUGGUAAAAGUUUCACUCGGAAGAGAGCUUUGACGGCACACACAAGAACACACACUUGAGGAAUAUAAUUAAUUCUUGUUUAAUGUGUGGUCAGCAGAGACUCAUCUUCUCAAAAAAUGUAAUUUUGAUGCGCUGUAUGUCCUUGAUGUAUGGUGAAUUGACAAAGAGCACAGCAUGUUGUGUGAGACUCUGGCUGAGUGUGUUUACACUGUGUUGUGUUUUACCGCUUGUUAAUACAGUAAUUUUUAAUACA